AUGGUCGAUUUAUUGAGAUAGACAGCCAACGGCAGUCAUAAACAGCAAUCAAGUUCCCUUCCAUAUAACCUUCAGGUUUUAGAAAACAGAGAUCUACUUAAAUCUUCAUUCACAAUUUAAAAGUUCUCAUCUGGUUUAAAGGAAGCUAUUCAAGAUGCGAAUUUAUUUGAUGCGAGUAGCUUAGGAAGUUAAGGAGGCUCCUUUUCUAACCAAAAUAAAACUAAAGGCAAAAAGAAGGGAGGGUCUACUUAGCCAUAUCAAGAAUAAAAGUCUAAUGUAAAGAGUUAAAGCAACAAGCCAGAAUCACAAUAGAAUUCCUAAGCGAAUAUGUAUACUUCAGAUAUAACAUAAAAGAAAGCUAGCAAAAUCGGUUAAGCUUUGGAUGAGAAAGAUUAAGAAAUGCAACGACAGAUUGGAAAAUUAAGGAAUCAGCCAACAUAUAUUGAGCAAGAAUUUUUCGAGCAGCUCGAGAGAGAAAGAUUUUUAUCUAAAUUGAAGUAAGAAGAGAAGGGCGGCUAGCAAUAAUCUACAAAUUAAACUCAAGGAAAUAGCACUGCGAGGGCUUCAAAGCUAGGAGUUAUAAAAGAAGCCAGGAACACUUCUUUGGAUUAGAUUAAAAUAAAGAGUAAAGGUGAUAGAUCAAAAUCAACAUUAAAAGUGAAGAGUGGUUAAAAAGAUAGAAUGAAUAUCACAUAAGUGCUUGAGUUCAAGCAAAAGAAGCCUUAGUUCUUUAAUGAUCCUAAGAUAACUUAAAAUAUUCAAAUUGGAGGCAAUGUGUUCCAAAAAGGAAUGAGGCAAGACCUUGUUAAACAAGGAUUCUAAAAACUAUUAGGGAAAGUCUUGGAGAGUAAUCUAACAUUAAGAUAAAUUAAAAAUGGACAGACCUUGUUUGAAAAGGAAAUGAUGCUAAAAAAUUACAACAACCCAUACCUUGAUGUUGAUAAAAUGAGAGAGGACCUCUCAAGAUAUAUAGAAUAGACAAAGCCAAAGUCAGAACUCAAUCAGCAGGAAAAGGAUUUAAAUACCAGCUUAUAUAUGGAGACAGGAAGUCCUGGUAAAAGGGAGUCAAUUUUAAAUGUAUCACAUGGUAAAGCUAGCGUCCUCAAUCAAUUGUCUAAAAACACUACAAGUAUUAUAGAGGAUUCCAUUUAAACAAAUAUAACACAAAUGAACAAUUUUUCGACAUAAAUGAAAACUUAAACGCUACUCCCACCUUUUUCUAUUCUUAAAAGGGACAAAGCACUAGAAAUAUAAAAAUAAUUGAUAUUCCCACCCAGCCCUGCAUUUACUAAUCCUUUGAAAUCAAAACACAAACUUGAAUCAGUGGUUGAUUUCUGUAAAACUAAAAACAUCCCAUUUAAAGAUGAAGAAGAUAGAUUUUACAAAAUAAAUUAGAGCAAGUAAAGCCAUAAAGUUUACCAAAGCUACCUCAAUAAAUGCUUUGAAACAAAUAGACCAGAUGAAUUUGAUAUUGGUUUGUAAAAGCUAAUGAAGUUAGAUAAUGAACAGAUUCAAUUGAUUAUAAAGCAAGGUGGAGAUCCUAAGAAUAUCAAAAGUUCAUCAUUAGAACCAGUUGGAGUAAGAUAACCUAUUUAUAUGCCUCGACUAGUAAAGGCUAUAGAUAAUUCCUUUAACGAAUAAGGUAUUGGAAAGAGGAAAUAGAUCAGGAACAAUGAUACAAAGGCAACAAAAUCUGAGAUAAUAUCAUAAGGAUAGUAAACCCAAAUGAUGAAUGCAUCAUCAGGUAGUCUUGAAAAUGUUCUUGCUAAGCACAAAUAAAAUAGUUAGCCAAAGAAUAGUGACAUUACUCACAUUUAAAACUAUAAAACAUAAACUGGCUUUAAUUUCAGUAAGCUUGAAGUCAAACAGAAACAGAUACUCUAGGAGCUUCCAAAUAAAUUAGAUAAUCCCUACAGAGAGGAAAUAAAGCCAAAGAAAAAGCUGUCUAAGAAGAAGAGAAACGACCCAGUUAGAAAGAUUUUACUGACAAAUAAGCAGAUUUAAAAGCAGAAAAGAAUCUAUAAUGAAAAAUUGAUGAGGAUAUUAGACAGAGUAGAUCUAGACAGACCAAUAUUAAUGCAUGAUAAACUGGAUAUAAUAUGGGGAAAUAAUGGGCAGACACCAACUGGAUUUAUGGCGAAUUAAACUUCUAAGAGUGUUGCACCAAUUAGAGCGAAUUCAACUCUUUAUAAUAAAAGUAAUUUGAUGAAUAGCAGCCAGUAUACCUCCAAUCAAGGUGAUGAAAGCAAUAAGAUAGUCAAUCAAUUUAAUGUUAAGGCAGCCUUGGAUAAGAGAAGGCUUUAAAGAAAUAUUAUGAACUAGAAGCAGGUUAUGGCAUAUAACUCUAUGCUUGAAUAUCUUGGAAACAGAGUGGAUCGAUUUAUGAUGAGUAAAGAUAAAACUCCAAUUAAGGUGAAGCCAGAUGAAAAGGAGAGGCAGUUCUUAGAUGCAUUUAAGUUGAUAGUGGAGAGUUGUUAUACUAUAGAAGCCGAUGAUUUCAGGCAAAUAUUAGAUUUUAUCAACAUUCAUGAUAUAAAGGACAACGAUAAUUAUGAGAGAACAAGACAGUUCUUCAAAUAUGUUAGUAAAUUGCUAGGCUUUGAAGAGGAAAUUAUAGAUGAAGUCCUAGAAGAAAUGGUAUCUCAGUUCUAAUGA